AUGCACUCAUAUCUAAAACCAGCAAGAUCAUUACAUCUUGCAUCACAAAAAGAUGAAUUUAAAUACAAAUCUAAUUAAAGAGACCUUGAUUUCGAUCCAGCUAGUUUUUUAAAUAACUUUGACGCCAUUCCAGAUUAGAAUUUAAGGUUCAAAUCUGAAAGCAUUUCUCUUUUGACUAAAUAGACUGAAUAAAAAAGAGAAAUGUAAAAAACACAACAUACUAAAUUUUUGGUGCUUCCAAAAAUAAAUUCCAAGUUUGUUCGUGACAAUGCUGUUGAAGAAGUUUACUUCCUUCCCGAAACAAAAUAAAAAUAUUAACAUACCAAUAGAUUAAUUCAUUCUAAUACUAUUCUAUAACCCUCUAUUGAUAAGGAUAGAAAAUCAUCCAAAGAUCUUGAUUUACUAUAUGCCAAAAAAAAAAAAGUAGAAUUCAAUACUGCCUUAGAAAUUGUAGACUUUGAAGGAAGAGUUAGUACUGAAAUCAUUCAUCCUGAAUAACAAUUAAUGUCAAGAUAGAAAAGAUUCUCAAGACUUAAAACACUUGAAUGCUGA